AACUCCUCCUCAUUUCACAUAUUCUUCCCCGUGCUUCCACACCCUCUCCUCCAAAUGCUCGAUCGGCGGCGCUUCUCAGCCUUGCACCGUCGUUGCACUUGCGCCGCCGCCGCACCGAAUCUCCAUUGCACUGAACUUCCAUCGCCCCGUCACACCCCUUCCCGGCUCUUCUAUGUGUGUUGCCCGCGUCGUUCCCUUUCGAACCCUAAUUUGCAUUUCUUCGCCACGGUCUUCGUCGCCUUCGUCAACCUUUGCGAUUUUAUAAAACUACAGCACCGAUCGCUCAUUCAGCGGCACUAACCAUAACCAAUGGCGUCCGCCGAGCAGCCAUUGAAGAAGCGAAAGCACGACACUCUCCCGGAAUCCUCACUGCCACACCAACGCCGCUAGCACCGCUGCCACAAUCUCCUCAAACCCUAGCUCGUCCGCCUACUCCUCCUCCUCCGCCUCUGUCACAGGAUGAGGUCGUCACCAAGCAGAGGAACAAAGAUGAGGUUCGAACCAUGUUUGAGAGCUACCGUCGCAUCAAGCUCUUCUUGUCAAAGAAGGAAGGUAAUUUCAUCCAUGACCUUGAAUAGAGCUUCUUCGCUCUCGUCAAUGCUUGCAGAGGUCUGUGAACUGGACUUGAUAUUCAACUUCCAUAAGGGAUCAAACAAUUUUAUUGCAAGCUUGCCAGAAGAUUUAGCAAAUUGUUCCAAAUUGUCCAAGCUAGAUAUGGAGCAAAAAACUUGUUGAAUGGCAUACCAGACAGCAUUAGAGGCCUUUCACAUCUAAUUCGUCUUGAUCUCCACCAGAACAAUGCAGACUCAAGCAUGCCACCAAGUGAUGGAUGAAGCAGAAAAGGAGUACAAGAAGUUUUCCGAACGGAUCACUGAAAGCCGUGAGGCAAUGAAGGCAUCUUAUGAUGAGUUCAUGGCAGAGGCACAAGCCAGUGCAUCUCGUGUUAUUAUCUUGUGUAAACUGACCUACAAUUCUUAUCUGAAUGUUAUUUGAAGCUUGGCAUAGUAAAAUACUUCUACUUAUUGAAGCUGUAAAGUCCUUGCUAGAGGAACCGAGUUUAGGUGUUCGAAAAGCACUUUCUGAGUUAAUUGUUGUUAUGGCUUCACAUUGUUACUUGGUUGGUUCAUCUGGAGAGUUGUUCAUUGAGUAUCUUGUACGGCACUGUGCUUUAACUGACAAUAAUCGCGGUGAUCUUGACAUCCUGAAUAAGAGAGUGGAGGUGAAGGAGAAAGAACAAGUCCAACUAAACAACUUGAAGUUGCAUGUUUUGAUAUCAAUACCAAGAAAGUGCCAAAGGUGGAGUUGCAUGCUCAUCUCAAUGAAUCCGUUAGAGACUCCACACUCCUCUGUCUACAAGAGAUCAACAUUUCCUGUUUUCAAAACACAUGGGUUGGCCCAGGCAUCAAUAGCUGAUUGUGUAUCAGAAACAUUUUCUGCUAUUCGAACAGUAAGAUCUUUUGGUGGUGAAAAGCGGCAGAUGUUUACAUUUGCUAAACAGGGUGAGCUCUCUGUCGGAGCUAUGGCAUCUUUUAUUGGAUAUACUUUCACUUUAACAUUUGCCGUUCAAGGACUGGUUAAUACCUUUGGGGGUCUCCGAGGAGCUUUUGCGGCCGUUGACAGGAUCAACUCUGUUUUAUCUCGAGUUCAAGUUGAUGAUUCUCUUGCCUAUGGCUUAGAAAGAGAACUAAGGCAACAAAAAGCAGUGGAUGAUGAGAAAUAUAAAUUAUUCUUCUCUAAUAGUUCAACUGAGAAAAACCAAAAUUCAUUACAUCUCGGCACUAAAAACAUCUAGCAAUUUGUUUAGCUUGGCUUGGCUUGGCAAAUAUACACGCUAAGAGAUUUCUUAUUCCAUAAGAUUUGAUUA